GCUCAGCGCGUCGUUGCCGCCCUCCCCUACAUAUGUGCCAUGGCCAAUAUAGCACAUAAUCCUAACCUUUCAUCCGGGUCCCCGCGCUACCGCAGUAAACGGAUCGCAUGUCGGCAAUGUCGCCAAGCUAAGAUUCGAUGUGAAUUGUCGACGGGAGGGGCUAUUCCCUGCACCAGGUGUCGGCGAAUGGGGCAUGACUGUAAAGUAGACCAGGCAUUUCAACGCGUUAACCGGAGAGAAAGGCUUGAGGCGCUCGAAAAAGAAAUCCAGAGUCUUCGAUCUUCCGUUUCUACGCUUCCAGGAUCUACGGCUUCUGCGCUUCAAGGCGCUUCCGCCCCAGACGACUCGUUCAGCCCGCAUGUGUCUUCGGCUGUGGUGGAUGGCAGGCCAUCUGAAGCCAAUGAGGCCUUCUUGAUCCCAGGCUUACCCUCCGCAGCCCUGGAGAACACACAGAACACCCCAGUUCCUCCGUUGCUGCAUCCGCAGAAUUCAUUAGACAGCCACCUCACCGCGGCCUCGUCGACUGCUUCAAGGUCUCUCGAUGGCCUGCAUUUUCCUGGGUCUCGGAUCGAUAUGUUGUUCCAAAUAUUCUUCCAAUAUUACCAUCCUUACAUACCUCUGCUAGACCCUGGAGUUUCCCCAGAUUCAUACUAUGCAGGCUCUCCGUUGCUCUUCUGGACUGUCACACUCGUCUCGUCUCGUCGUUAUGCCGACGAACCGGGAUUGUUUGUGAAUCUUACGGCGCCGGUAAAGAAAAUGCUUUGGGAUACUAUCUCCAACCCUCCGCAGACGUGGCACGCCGUUCAGUCUAUUCUUCUCGUCUGUCUGUGGCCCUUUCCAACGUCAUCACUGUCCUCCGAUAUUACCUCUAUCCUUCUCUCUGCGGCUCAAACCAUUGCAGUACGACUGGGUCUCCACCGUCCCGAGGCUAUCCAGGAAUUCUCGCGAACCAAAAAACGGUUAAGCCCUACUGAAAUCGCUGAAGCAGCACGGAUAUGGGCGACCUGCUAUAUUGCUUCCCAGACUGUUUUGACUACAGAGGGUCAACUUUGGAUAUCAUCCGAUUGGAUGAUUGACCGUCUGUGUAAUCGAGAUGAUACUACUACUAUCAUUCCUUUGGCCCUGAAACAUCAACUCAUAAUUGCGCGCUUCUCUACCCGCGUAUACAAUUUCAUGUCCGGUCAUCCCCACGCUUCCACUGGCCUUCCUCAUCCGGCGGAGGGAAUGUCCCUUUUGGCCCUGCUAGAGAGUGAAUACAUUGAUCUGUGUUCUUCGUUGUCCGAACAGCUUUCGGAGUACAAUAAGGUUUUACUCCACGGAGCUGGCCUCCAGCUGUAUGUUUUCUAUCUGCUUAAUAGUAGCGGGUCGGAUGCACGGAAACAAGGUCUCCUUCGUGCCUUCCACACGGCCUGUGAAGUGAUCUUAAAACUCAAUCACUGGGAGGUUUCGUCCGAAGCGAUGAAGUAUGGCCCAGUAUCCUACUUCCGCAUCAUCUCGCUUGCGGCUAUGUUCAUUAUGAAGCUCAGCUAUUCAAACCUCGGUGCCUUCGUGAAUAUCGAGAGCGGGAAAUGUGCCUUCAAUGCCGCCAUCUCCCUUACCCGCCGUAUAUCGAUUGAAGACAACGAUCUGCCAGGAAGGAUGACAAAGAUCCUUACACAGCUCUGGAGUGCCCAGGCCAGAAUCAGUCAAUGCGAUAAAGAUCCCGGGCUUAUACUCAAAAAUCGCCUAUCGGCAAGUUUGGUCAACGACUCACUAUGGGCCUGGAGAGAGGAAUUUGGCGGACAGCGAGGUGGACCAAGUACACCCCCUUCUCGAACGAAGCCGUCCAACUCCUCUACCCAGGAAAGCAUGCUGGACGCUUCCCAAGACAACACCGACUGCGAUGUACUAACGCUGGCAGAUGUCGUUGAUGCGGAAAUGCUGGCAUUGCUUCCGUUUAGUCUAGAUUGCGAUGGGUUUCCGGUAUCUUAGGAGCAGACUCGAUCGUCUUUGGUCACUUGCCGUGGAUUUUUUUUUUCUACUCUAUGGGCGAUUUUUCGAGGCAUAGGCCAAUGCAUAGGGUGUAAUUAUAAGAGCUAAUACGAGGCCCUUAUGAGAAGACACAUACUACCACUGCAAAUUCGCAUGCGGUUGAGCAGUUUCCCCAUCACCUGUCAUAAACAUGUCCUUUGCACUCCCGAGAUUUUUCGGUGUUGUCAUUUUCUCAAACAGUCGGUUUCCAAAUUUCUGGAAUGCAGAAGCUAUUCCGCCGUACUGGAAAAGCUCCCUCUCCAUCUGGCUCAGUUGGAAUUCGAAUUUCCUUCCACCACCCACGUCAAUUGUCUUGCAAGUCAAGUCAAUAGAUACCUCAGCCCCGUCUUUAGCUUCAUCAUAAAAUGCUUUAUCCUGUAUAGUGAUGCCGAGGAGACCGAGGUUUGGCAUGUUACGUUGGAAUAUGAAAGCAAAUGAUUUGGCAAUGAC